AAUUCCCUUUCCACGUGCUUACUUUCUCCUUUCAUUCAACCAUUUCUUAUAUAAAGCAUUGCACCAUCAUUUGUCACCAAGCACCAAGGGUCCUCACUGCAAGUUUCAACCUAUUUUUUUCUUUGCACUCGUAAAUACAAAUUUACAAUGGCCUCAACAGUUGCUGAUAGCAUGCCUGAUGCUUUGAAACAAAGCCGGUAUCAUAUGAAGAGAUGCUUCGCUAGGUUCAUUGCAAUGGGAAGGAGGCUGAUGAAGUUGAAACAUUUAACAGAAGAAAUAGAAGAAACUAUUGAAGACAAGGCAGAAAGAACCAAGAUUUUGGAGGGUUCACUUGGAAAAAUUAUGAGUUCCACACAGGAGGCAGCUGUUGUUCCACCUUAUGUUGCUUUUGCAGUAAGGUACAAUCCUGGCUUCUGGGAUUAUGUCAAAGUUAACGCUGAAACUCUCUCUGUGGAAGCUAUUUCAGCCAGGGAAUAUCUCAAAUUCAAAGAGAUGAUCUUUGACGAAGACUGGGCAAAGGAUGAUAAUGCACUGGAAGUAGAUUUUGGUGCUUUUGACUACUCUAAUCCUCGUUUAGCCCUUUCCUCUUCUGUUGGAAAUGGGCUCAACUUUAUCUCAAAAGUUUUGUCUUCAAAAUUUGGUGGAAAGCCAGAGGAUGCCCAGCCUUUGCUUGAUUACUUGCUAGCUCUUAAUCAUCAAGGAGAGAAUCUAAUGAUCAAUGAGAAUCUGAAUGGUGUCUCUAAGCUUCAAGCAGCAUUGAUAGUAGCUGAAGUUUUUGUAUCUUCCUUUCCCAAAGACACACCUUAUAAAGACUUUGAGCAUAAGCUCAAAGAAUGGGGCUUUGAGAAAGGGUGGGGCCACAAUGCAGGAAGAGUAAGAGAGACAAUGAGACUGCUUUCGGAGAUAAUCCAAGCGCCAGAUCCCAUAAAUAUGGAGUCCUUUUUCAGCAAGCUUCCGACUACAUUCAACAUUGUUAUCUUCUCCAUUCAUGGUUACUUUGGCCAAGCAGAUGUCCUUGGUUUGCCCGAUACUGGAGGCCAGGUUGUUUAUAUUCUGGAUCAAGUAAGGGCUUUAGAGGAAGAAAUGUUACAAAGAAUCAAGCAGCAAGGGUUAAACGUGAAGCCCAAGAUUCUUGUGGUCACCCGUCUCAUACCAGAUGCUCGAGGGACUACAUGCAAUCAGGAGAUGGAACCUAUACUUAACUCGUCCCAUUCUCACAUCCUGAGAAUUCCAUUCAGGACCGAGAAAGGAGUUCUUCGCCAAUGGGUUUCUCGGUUUGAUAUCUAUCCUUACUUGGAGAACUAUGCCAAGGAUGCUUCUGCUAAGAUACUUGAGCUCAUGGAAGGUAAACCAGACCUCAUAAUUGGGAACUACACUGAUGGAAAUUUAGUGGCAUCUUUAUUGGCAAACAAACUUGGAGUUUCUCAGGGAACCAUUGCUCAUGCAUUAGAGAAAACUAAGUAUGAAGAUUCUGAUGUGAAGUGGAAGCAGUUUGAUUCCAAGUACCACUUUUCUUGCCAAUUCACUGCCGAUUUAUUGGCGAUGAAUGCUGCUGAUUUUAUCAUUACCAGCACAUAUCAAGAAAUCGCUGGAAGCGAAACUAGGCCUGGACAAUAUGAAAGUCACACAGCUUUUACCAUGCCGGGGCUUUAUAGAGCUGUUUCAGGCAUCAAUGUAUUUGAUCCAAAGUUCAACAUUGCUGCUCCUGGGGCUGAACAGUCUACCUAUUUCCCUUUCACUGAGAAACAGAAACGAUUCAGCACAUUUCGUCCUGCUAUUAACGAAUUACUUUACAGUAAUGAGGAAAACAAUGAGCACAUUGGAUUUCUUGCAGACCGGAAAAAACCAAUUAUAUUUUCAAUGGCGAGAUUUGAUACAGUGAAGAACCUGUCAGGCUUGACUGAGUGGUAUGGGAAGAAUAAGAAGUUGCGGAACUUGGUAAACCUUGUUAUUGUUGGGGGAUUCUUCGAUCCAUCAAAAUCAAAAGACCGGGAGGAAGCAGCUGAAAUCAAAAAGAUGCAUGAAUUGUUUGAGAAAUACAAUCUCAAGGGACAAAUGAGAUGGAUAGCAGCUCAGACUGAUAAAUAUCGAAACAGUGAGCUAUAUCGAACUAUUGCUGACACUAAAGGAGCUUUCGUCCAACCGGCUUUAUAUGAAGCUUUUGGACUAACUGUUAUUGAAGCAAUGAACUGUGGAUUGCCUACAUUUGCUACUAAUCAAGGUGGACCUGCAGAAAUCAUUGUUGAUGGGGUUUCAGGCUUCCAUAUUGAUCCUUACAAUGGGGACGAAUCGAGCAAGAAAAUAGCUGAUUUCUUUGAGAAGUGUAAGGUUGAUUCUAAAUAUUGGAACAGGAUAUCUGAGGGAGGUCUCAAGCGCAUUGAAGAAUGUUAUACGUGGAAGAUUUACGCAAACAAAGUGUUGAAUAUGGGAUCAAUCUAUGGAUUUUGGAGACAAUUCAAUGUGGGACAAAAGCAGGCUAAGCAAAGAUACUUUGAGAUGUUUUACAAUCCUCUCUUCAGGAAAUUGGCCAAAAACGUCCCGAUCCCACAUGAAGAGCCAUUGCCAUUUGCAACAUCAGACACUACUCAAUCCCAAGAACCAAAACUACCACUACCAGUUCCAGCAGCAGUAGCAAAAGUUCUGCCAUUACCAAGGAUUGCACCUCAGGAAAAAGAAGAAAAAGAAGACGACAAGAAGCUUGAGACCUCAAGAACAGAGAUGGCGCAACAUGCUUGCCAUUGGCUUUGUCUUUGUGUUUCUGCUUCUGUUAUAGUUUAUGCUUUGGUAAAAUUGUACCGUUUAGUUGAAUGAUUCAGAACCUUAACACGUUAGGAAAGAACACUGAAAUAAAAGGAAAAUCAUCACAGGGACAAAAUGCUAGCAUGUGUCUCAUUCAAUUGAAAUGUUAAUAAUAUUCUUGUAGUGAUGACCAAUUGCAUAAUAAAAUUGCCAGGCAUUUUAAUUCGGUUGAA